CCGCCGACAACAUUAUUUUUGUGAAGCUCUCCGCUUCGGCCAGACGUCUGCGUCUCGGUGCGGGCACGGCUCCAGAGAGAAACCCCAGCUCCAUUUUGCGCUCGGGGCACGGAGCCAAGCCCCGAAGCGAGCCUCUCCCCUUCGAGCCACGCGGCAUCUGCUCCGUGCCACCGCCGCCGAGGCUUUUUCCGAGCGGGGCUGGGAGAGGAGCCCCGCUUAGGGCUAAUUAAUCCGCGUCUCCGGAGGGAGCGCGCACCUCGUCCGCGUGCGUCCCCGAUGAGCCCCGCGGGAGGGCCGGGGGGGCCGCUUCCAACUUGGCCGGCCGAGUGAUGAGCUGCACCGGCCCCGAGGAUGCUCGGACUCGGCGCGUGCUCCGUCAGCGCCCCGGGCAGGGGGGCUGAGCUGGCCGCCCCCCCCCGCUACGUCCUGGCCCUGCCCGAGGAGGAGACGUGGCGCAAGCACCGGCUCGGCCUGAUGCAGAGCACCCAGUCCUGCAACCUGCUGGAGCCCCAGAGCCUGGCCGAGGCGCUGGUGUCGCGCGCCGCCAGCUUCGACGCCCUCUACCAGCCCCGCGAUGCCGACGGCGACGGUGGCAGCGCCCUGGACCUGGGGCACUACGUCCCCGUCAGCCCGGACGUCAUCAAGCGCCGUCGGGGCGGGCUGAUCGAGCAGAGGGACAUCAUCAAGGCGCACGAGGCGCACAAGAUGCAGAGCACGCCGCAGGCACGGAGGAAGGAGUGGGAGAUGGCUCGCUUCGGGGAGGCGGUGGCCGGCAGGCUUGGCUCUGGAGAUGGGGGCUCGGAGCAGAACCGGAGCCGGCAAGGAGCUCCUGCCCCUGCGGGAGGGACCCCGGGAGCCUUCAAGCAAACCAAAGCGCAGCGAGCCCGGACUAUGGCUCUGUACAACCCCAUCCCCGUCCGGCAGAACUGCUUCACCGUCAACAGAUCCUUGUUCCUCUUUGGGGAAGAGAACAUAGUCAGGAAAUACGCCAAGAAGCUCAUCGACUGGCCGCCCUUUGAGUACAUGAUCCUGGCCACCAUCAUCGCCAACUGCAUCGUGCUGGCCCUGGAGCAGCACCUCCCCGAGGACGACAAGACGCCCAUGUCACGGAGACUGGAGAAGACGGAGCCGUACUUCAUCGGGAUUUUCUGCUUUGAGGCUGGGAUUAAGAUCGUGGCUCUGGGCUUCGUGUUCCACAAGGGCUCCUACCUGCGCAACGGCUGGAACGUGAUGGACUUCAUCGUGGUCCUCAGCGGCAUCCUCGCCACGGCCGGGACGCACUUCAACACGCACGUGGACCUGCGCACCCUGCGCGCCGUGCGCGUCCUCAGGCCCCUGAAGCUCGUCUCGGGCAUUCCCAGCCUGCAGAUCGUGCUGAAGUCCAUCAUGAAGGCCAUGGUGCCUCUCCUCCAGAUCGGCUUGCUGCUCUUUUUCGCCAUUCUCAUGUUUGCCAUCAUCGGCCUGGAGUUCUACAGCGGGAAGCUGCACCGAGCCUGCUACACCAACAAUUCAGGCGAGCUGGAGGAGCUGGACCCCCCCCACCCGUGCGGGGUGCAGGGUUGCCCCCCGGGCUACGAGUGCCGGGAGUGGAUCGGUCCCAACGACGGGAUCACGCAGUUCGACAACAUCCUCUUCGCUGUGCUGACCGUCUUCCAGUGCAUCACCAUGGAAGGGUGGACCACAGUCCUGUACAACACCAAUGAUGCCUUAGGAGCCACCUGGAACUGGCUGUACUUCAUCCCCCUCAUCAUCAUUGGAUCCUUCUUCGUCCUCAACCUUGUCCUGGGAGUGCUGUCGGGGGAGUUUGCCAAAGAGCGCGAGCGCGUGGAGAACCGCCGAGCCUUCAUGAAGCUGCGGCGCCAGCAGCAGAUCGAGCGGGAGCUCAACGGCUACAGGGCCUGGAUAGACAAAGCGGAGGAAGUCAUGCUGGCCGAAGAGAACAAAAAUUCUGGGACCUCAGCCUUAGAAGUGCUCAGGCGAGCCACCAUCAAAAGGAACCGGACGGACACCAUGAACCGCGACUCCAGCGACGAGCACUGCGUCGACAUCGCCUCGGUGGGCGAGCGGAGGCUGGCGCAGAGAAGACCUCUCCAUCCCACCCUGGGGAACCCCUUGAGCCGCUCGGGCCUGAAAGGCGCCAGGGUGGACGGUGCCUCCUACCUGCGGCACAAGGAGCGCCUCCUGCGCAUCUCCGUCCGCCACAUGGUGAAAUCCCAGGUCUUCUACUGGAUCGUCCUGAGCCUGGUAGCCCUCAACACCGCCUGCGUGGCCAUCGUGCAUCACAACCAGCCCGCCUGGCUCACACACUUCCUCUACUAUGCAGAGUUCCUGUUCCUUGGGCUCUUCCUCCUGGAGAUGUCCUUGAAGAUGUAUGGCAUGGGGCCACGCCUGUACUUCCAUUCUUCCUUCAACUGCUUUGACUGCGGGGUCACGGUGGGCAGCAUCUUUGAAGUGGUUUGGGCCAUCUUCAGACCGGGAACCUCCUUUGGGAUCAGUGUCCUACGAGCCCUUCGUCUCUUACGAAUAUUUAAAAUAACCAAGUACUGGGCAUCCUUGAGGAAUUUGGUGGUCUCGCUGAUGAGCUCCAUGAAGUCUAUUAUCAGCUUGCUCUUCCUCCUUUUCCUCUUCAUCGUGGUCUUUGCCCUGCUGGGCAUGCAGCUGUUUGGAGGCAGGUUUAACUUCAUCGACGGGACACCAUCAGCCAACUUCGACACUUUCCCCGCAGCCAUCAUGACGGUGUUCCAGAUCCUGACGGGCGAGGACUGGAACGAGGUGAUGUACAACGGCAUCCGCUCGCAGGGAGGCGUUCGCUCGGGCAUGUGGUCCUCCAUCUACUUCAUCGUCCUCACCCUGUUCGGAAACUAUACUUUGCUGAACGUCUUCUUGGCCAUCGCGGUGGACAACCUGGCCAACGCUCAGGAGCUCACCAAGGAUGAGCAGGAGGAAGAGGAGGCCUUUAACCAGAAGCACGCCCUUCAGAAAGCCAAGGAAGUCAGCCCCAUGUCCGCCCCCAACAUGCCAGCUAUCGAAAGAGACAGGCGCAGGAGACACCACAUGUCGAUGUGGGAGCCGCGCAGCAGCCACCUGCGGGAGCGGCGCCGGCGGCACCACAUGUCGGUGUGGGAGCAGCGCACCAGCCAGCUGCGCCGGCACAUGCAGAUGUCCAGCCAGGAGGGCAUCAACAAGGACGAGCCCCCUCUCAUCAACCCCCACGCCAGCAUCUUCCGACGCAAGAAACCGGGCGACGGCGUCGCCUUGGAGAAGUGCGACGAGGAGCAGGGCGGCAAGGGCGAGCGGCCGCCAGCCGAGGGUCCCGAGCAGCCGGCCCCGGGGAGCAAGGCGGGCGGUGGGGAGGACAGGAGGAGCCCAUCGCCCCGGGCCAGGCGGGACAAGGAGCUGUGGCACCAAAAAGCGUGCCACGGGAACUGCGAGCCAGGCGAGGAAGGGGCAGGAGGUGGCAUCGAGGAGAGGGCACGGAUGAGGCAGAGCCAGCGGCGCAGCCGGCACCGAAAAGCCAGGAUGGAGGGGAAGGAUCCGGCCCUGGGGAGCCGCUCGGGCAGCCAGGAGAUGGGGCUGGAGGAGGCCGGCCCCACGGAGGGGGCGCAGGACGGGGACCGGCGCGGGGAUGCUGCCGCGGCGCUGGACCUGAUCCAGGGCGAGCCAGAGGCGAGCGGGGAGCCCGCCAGGACUAACGGGGUCCUUGCUGAGGAUGGGAGCCCCCCGGCAGCGGCACCCGAGCCCCCCCGGGGGCUGGAGGGCAGCCUGGGCGAGCAGGACUGCAGCAGCCCGGACACCAGCGAGCAAGCCCUGCUGGGGGGAGCGGCGCUGGGGGCCAGCCGCACCGUCAGCCGCAGCGAGCCCGACCUCUCCUCCGCCACCGCCAACACCGAGAAGGCCACCGAGAGCACUGCCAUCAUGAUCGAUGUCCAAGAGUCCGCUGUGGUACAGAUUAGCAACAAGACCGACGGGGAAGCCAGCCCCCUGAAGGAGGCAGAGAGCAAGGAGGAUGAGGAGGAGAUGGAGAAGAAGAAGCGGAAGAAGGAGAAGAGCGAGACGGGCAAAGCGAUGGUGCCGCACAGCUCCAUGUUCAUCUUCAGCACCACGAACCCGGUGCGCAGAGCCUGCCACUACAUCGUGAACCUGCGCUACUUCGAGAUGUGCAUCCUCCUGGUCAUCGCCGCCAGCAGCAUCGCCCUCGCGGCCGAGGAUCCCGUCCUCACCAACUCCGACCGUAACAAGGUCCUGAGGUAUUUUGACUACGUUUUCACCGGGGUGUUCACCUUCGAGAUGGUUAUCAAGAUGAUCGACCAGGGCUUGAUCCUGCAGGACGGCUCCUACUUCCGAGACCUCUGGAACAUCCUGGACUUCAUCGUGGUGGUGGGAGCGCUGGUGGCUUUCGCCUUGGCGAAUGCUUUGGGGACCAACAAGGGCCGGGAUAUCAAGACCAUCAAGUCCCUCCGUGUGCUGCGGGUCCUGAGGCCCCUGAAAACCAUCAAGCGGCUGCCCAAGCUGAAGGCCGUCUUCGACUGCGUCGUGACCUCCCUCAAGAACGUCUUCAACAUCCUCAUCGUCUACAAGCUCUUCAUGUUCAUCUUCGCCGUCAUUGCCGUCCAGCUCUUCAAGGGGAAGUUCUUCUACUGCACUGACAGCUCCAAGGACACGGAGAAGGACUGCAUAGGGAACUACGUGGACCACGAGAAGAACAAGAUGGAGGUGAAGUGCCGGGAGUGGAAACGACACGAGUUUCACUACGACAACAUAAUCUGGGCACUGCUCACCCUGUUCACAGUCUCCACGGGCGAGGGUUGGCCCCAGGUGCUGCAGCAUUCGGUGGACGUGACGGAGGAGGACCGCGGGCCCAGCCGCAGCAACCGCAUGGAGAUGUCCAUUUUUUAUGUCGUCUACUUUGUGGUCUUUCCCUUCUUCUUUGUCAACAUUUUCGUGGCUCUCAUCAUCAUCACCUUCCAAGAGCAAGGAGACAAAAUGAUGGAGGAGUGCAGUCUGGAGAAGAACGAGAGAGCCUGUAUUGACUUUGCCAUCAGUGCCAAGCCCCUGACGCGCUACAUGCCCCAGAACCGGCACACCUUCCAGUACCGGGUCUGGCACUUCGUGGUCUCCCCGUCCUUUGAGUACACCAUCAUGGCCAUGAUCGCCUUGAACACCGUGGUGCUGAUGAUGAAGUACUACUCUGCUCCGUACACCUACGAGCUGGCCCUGAAGUACCUGAACAUUGCAUUCACCAUGGUCUUCUCCUUGGAGUGCGUCCUCAAGAUCAUUGCUUUUGGCUUCCUGAAUUAUUUCCGGGACACCUGGAACAUCUUCGACUUCAUCACUGUCAUCGGCAGCAUCACGGAGAUCAUCCUGACGGACACCAAGCUGGUGAACACCAGCAGCUUCAACAUGAGCUUCCUGAAGCUCUUCCGAGCGGCUCGGCUCAUCAAGCUGCUGCGCCAGGGCUACACCAUCCGCAUCCUGCUCUGGACGUUCGUGCAGUCCUUCAAGGCCCUCCCCUACGUCUGCCUCCUGAUCGCGAUGCUUUUCUUCAUCUACGCCAUCAUCGGGAUGCAGGUUUUUGGCAACAUCAAGCUGGAUGAGGAAAGCCACAUUAACCGGCACAACAACUUCCGCAGCUUCCUUGGCUCCCUCAUGCUCCUCUUCAGGAGUGCCACCGGGGAGGCAUGGCAGGAGAUUAUGCUGUCCUGCCUGGAGGGCAAGGGCUGCGAGCCGGACACGACGGCGACAUCUGGGCAGAACGAGAACGAGCGCUGUGGCACCGACCUGGCCUACGUCUACUUCGUCUCCUUCAUCUUCUUCUGCUCGUUUCUGAUGCUCAACCUGUUCGUGGCCGUCAUCAUGGACAACUUUGAAUACCUGACCCGCGAUUCCUCCAUCCUGGGGCCUCACCAUCUGGAUGAGUUUGUCCGGAUCUGGGCAGAGUAUGACAGAGCAGCGUGUGGCCGAAUCCAUUACACUGAGAUGUAUGAAAUGCUGACUCUUAUGUCACCACCGCUAGGCCUCGGCAAGAGAUGUCCUUCCAAAGUGGCCUAUAAGAGACUGGUGCUGAUGAACAUGCCCGUGGCCGAGGACAUGACGGUCCACUUCACCUCCACCCUGAUGGCGCUGAUCCGCACCGCCCUGGACAUCAAAAUCGCCAAAGGUGGUGCAGACUGGCAGCAGUUAGACUCCGAGCUUCAAAAGGAGAUCCUGACCAUUUGGCCUCACCUGUCUCAGAAGAUGCUCGACCUCUUGGUCCCCAUGCCAAAAACCUCUGACCUGACUGUUGGCAAGAUCUACGCAGCCAUGAUGAUCAUGGACUACUACAAGCAGAGCAAAGCCAAGAAGCAGAGGCAGCAGCUGGAGGAGCAGAAAAACGCGCCCAUGUUCCAGCGCAUGGAGCCCUCCUCUUUGCCGCAGGAAAUCAUCUCAAACGCCAAGGCUCUGCCGUACCUCCAGCAGGACACCCUCUCGGGCCUGAGCAGCCGGAGCGGGUUCCCCUCGCUGAGCCCGCUCUCACCGCAGGAGAUCUUCCAGCUGGCGUGCAUGGACCCAGCCCACGGGCAGUUCCAGGAGCACCAGUCUCUGGUGGUGACGGACACCAGCUCCAUGCGGCGGUCGUUUUCCACCAUCCGGGACAAGCGCACCAACACCUCCUGGCUGGACGAGUUCUCCAUGGAGCGCAGCAGCGACAACACCUACAAGUCCCGCCGGCGCAGCUACCACUCCUCGCUCCAGCUCUCCGCCCGGCGCCUCAACGCCGACUCGGGCCACAGGUCCGACGGGCACCGCUCGGGCGGCAGGGAGCGGGGCCGAUCCAAAGAGCGCAAGCACUUGCUGUCCCCCGACAUCUCCCGCUGCAAUUCGGAGGAGAGGAGUCCCCAGGCGCACGACGAGUCCCCGGAGCGGCGGCGCGAGUCCCGGUCACCCAGCGAGGGCAGGUCGCAGACACCCAACAGGCAGGGAACGGGCUCGCUGAGCGAAAGCUCCAUCCCCUCCAUCUCGGACACCAGCACGCCCCGGCGAGGCCGCCGCCAGCUCCCCCCGGUGCCCCCCAAACCACGUCCCCUCCUCUCCUACGCCUCCAUGCUGCGGCACGCCGCCGGAGACGCCUCGCCGCCCCCCGAGGAGACCGAAGGGGGGUCCCCGCUCCUCUCCAAGGAGCCCAACGCCGCCGGCUUGACCGAGUCUUCCAGCUCCCCGGCGGGGAAGCCGAGCCGGCCGUCCACCCCGCAGCGCUACAUCUCGGAGCCCUACCUGGCCCUGCACGACGACUCGCACGCCUCGGACUGCGGCGAGGAGGAGACGCUCACCUUCGAGGCGGCCGUGGCCACCAGCCUGGGCCGCUCCAACACCAUCGGCUCGGCCCCGCCGCUGCGGCACAGCUGGCAGAUGCCCAACGGGCACUACCGGCGGCGGAGGCGAGGGGCCGGGCAGGGCGUGAUGUGCGGGGCCAGCAUCGACGUGCUCAGCGACACCGAGGAAGACGACAAGUGCUAGAAGGCUGCGCCCCCCCCGCCGCCGCCACCGCCGCCCCCGCCGCCCUGCCCUCCCCAAUGCAUGCUCUUCGCCGCGCCUGGGAAUGAAACGAAACCAAAACCAAACGCAAGGGGAAAAUGAAAAAAAAAAACAAAAAUGAAAAAAAAAAAAAAGAAGAAAACCCAACUGACCGGAAUGGGGAAAAAAAAAAGUCUUUGUGCAAAAAAAAAAAAAAAAUUAAAAUCUGUCGACUUUCAUUUAUUACGAUCACUUUUUUUUUUCUGCACAGAGAAGCAUUUGACCGGAGGUGGAGCGGCCCCGGCCGGGGACAAGCAAGAGCCCCAGGACCCGGGAAGGCUCGUGACGAUGGUUUUCUGCUCCCCGCGGCCGGAAAAAAACCCAGCAAGGGGGUCCCAGGGCUCAGUCGCUCGGGUUUGUGCUGCCGUGGCUUUGAGCCUCCAUCCCCGAGGGUCUCAGACCGGCCCGGGGAAGGGGCGAGGUGCGGGGGGCCAGGGUGCACGAGGCGGCUGGGAGCGGCUGUGCCUGCCCCUAUGGGCCACGCCAACGCCAACUGGUUUGUACUGGGGCAGACGGGAGCAGCGAGGGGGGCUCGGCGCUGCCGAAUGUACCCCGCCUGGCAGCGACCUGGCUGUAUUUCUACACGGAGAACUAACUCUAGGUGUGCGUGUACAUACGGUAUGUGUGUGUAUAUAUAUUUAUAUGCUGUAUAUAUAAAGAUAUACACAUACAUGGAUUCGUUUUAGUCAUCUGACCAAGCCUCUGCGGGGUUCGCUGCAUGUCGGUGGAUGUGACGGAGAAGCAGGGACGUCCCCCUGGUCCCCUUGUCCCCUCGGUCCCCUUGUCCCCUGGCGAUCACAGCGGUGGGAAUCGCGCUUGCUGCCCUAGGGGUGGCCCAGCCGUGCCGUGUGGUGGCAGCGGGAGCGGGAUGCCCCAUGCCGGUCAUUAAUUAAUGUGGUAAUUACAUGGCCCCGUGGUGCCCGGUGGCCCGCCCUGGCUGUGAGUUUUGUCUGUGGGGAGCCAGAGCAUGGCCAUUGGGAGCAGGAGGGUGCUGAGUUGGUGCGCUCAGGUUGGUGUGUGCCCGCCGGGGAGGUGACGGACCUCAUCCUGCCCUUCUCAUGCUCUGCUUGGUGUCCCCAGGGCUGCCCCCGGCACUUGUGGCUGGCCAGGCUUGGCUUUGGUCCCCGUUGCUCCCCACCGAGAGAUGCUAUGGGCACGCACGGCCCCGCUCCUGCAUGUGCGGAUCAGCCCCUGCCCCCAGGGAGCUCCCCCAGAGCUGCUCUGCUUUGCAAGAAGCAAAUCCUGCCCUGUGCCGGGCUUCGUCGUGAACCAAAAACCCUUUUUCUAAUGGCCAAAGCGCCCUCUGUUCACCCAGGAAAGGGGUUUCCGUGGUGGAACCAAACCCCUACUGCCUCACUGCCCGGUGGGGGCACCUCUGCUGGCCCUGCCAGCCCCUUGUUUUUUCUGAUCGGACACUUCCAGCUGCAAAACGGUCCCCAAAGUCCCCCAAAAAACCCUCCGUCACUCUCAGCCUCCGUGCUUGGGGACGAGCCAUGCCCCGUGGGGGACAGGGACGCAGACGGGGCUGGCAGUGCUGCAGGAGGAGAUGCUGUAGGUCCCUAAAAUGUAGGUGCUGGCAUUUUCUCCUUCCAAAGGCAGCGAGGAAGAGCCCGAGGGCAGGGGAGGAGGCAGAUUUUCGUGUCUGGCGCUGUGACCAUGACCACCGGUGGCAGGGGCUUGGGCGUGCAAGGAGGCGCCAUGGCACCAGUCGGCGAACCCGAGCUUUGCUACCUGAGACCUGUGUUGUACCAACAUACGGAAACUGUACAAAGCAAACCAGAGCCUGUUUUUUUUUGUUUUGUUAUUUUUUCCCCUCGGGGGGGCACGAAGAUGCCCCGAUCCUGCCUCUCCCGCAGCAGCCAUCGCUCCUGCUCCCGCGGCAGGCAGGGACACGCAGGGACCAGGCGGCACCUCCAAAGCAAGCCUGCGAAACCAAAAAGGACCCCGGGAGAACCGCGGGAAGGACUCCGCCGAGGGGGGAGCGGAACCAGCCCCCGGGCACUGUUGCAGCCCGCGUCUCUCCUUUUGAAGUCUCUGGACUCACGUUGCUGCUGCACGACCUCUCUUCCCUGGCUUUUUGGACCUUUCCUCCAGCUCCGAGCCCCCGACCUGCCGUCGGUGGUCGUUUUUGACCAUGGGAGGGAGGAGGGGGACAGAGGGGCGUGGGGGUGUGCGGGGAGAUGGGGCAGCCCCGGAGCAUCUCCCCUUGGAGCCGGCCGCCCCCUCCCCAUCCUCGUGUCCCUCCUGAGGGUCUCGGAGGGCAGAGACCCCCGGCGUGGCCGCCAGGAGCCGAGGGGGGGUGGGAGAUGUUCCGCCGCCGGGUCGGGAUGUUGUAACAAACCGUGCUCGUUCGGACCCGGCCAGGGAAGCAGCCCGACGGGCGGUGAUGUACAACUUCAAUGUUUUUUGUCAAAAGGAAAGAAAAAUAAAACCUUGUUGUAAAGAA